UUGGUCAAAUUGUCGUUACUAAUGACCUUUGUUUUUAUUGGUUGAAACUACUACUUAUUCAUUGGCGAUAAAGGACGUUCGUCUUUGAGAGCCUAACCCACUGUGGCACAAGUUGGACGCCGUAGCUCCUCUAAAUUGCGAUCAGCGAGCUCCUAGGUCACCUCUCGUUUGUUCGUGGUGAUACUUCUUUGUUACACAGCAGCUUUAUUUUACAAAACUCAAAAUUACCUUGUUUUUAUUUAUUGUCCGUUGCUACAGCUGAUAUAUUUUCUCAUAUAUACCAAGUGAUCAGAUUCUGUGAAUACAACUACGAUUAAAAAAUAUGGCCAAGGUCUUCAAUCAGCACCAACAGUCAUUUUCUUCUCAAACAACGCAUUCCAAUAAUAAUGGCUGUGUUGCAUCUUUUUAUACUGCCAAAUCCAGAUUUAACUUCCUCAGGGCACCUAAACGUACUAUCUCGCAGUACAGGCGAUAUCCUAGUCGUAUACGCCGAGCUCAGAAAUAUGACCCGAAUUCUUUGUCCAGCGGAAAUGAUUCUCAAAAGUCCAAUAUCGAUAUUCUAUGUGAUACGGCUGAUUCGAAGCAAACUGCCCAUAAGAUUGUCAUGAACCAGUAUCCUUCGCAUAUUACUUCUGAUUAUAAACGUUCGCGCCCGGAGCUAAACGGUCAGUCAAACGAAAAUUUAGAAGAUAUGUCAAUAUAUACUCCGGCGGCAUGUUAUUUACGUCCUUUACAACCGAAAAAUAAUCUUCGCUCUGAUUUAUCCAAAAUAUGUCACUCACAUAUAGUCUGUAAACUCUCUUCACUUGAUAAUGAUCUCCUGCAAGAUCUACUCUCGAAGGAAUUUAUUUACCAACCAAACAAUGCCUUCCUGUAUUAUGUUAAUCCAGUAAGUGAUACUGAAGCUAGUUGCUUAUGUGUUUGUAUUAUAUGCAUUCCCAAGCAGAAAUUAAUCACUAGCAUUGUAUCUUUCUUAGCAUAACUGUAAGUUAAUGUUAUCUGGUUUAGAACAUCAGGUAUAAGCGAAGAAUAUUGCUUUCAAUUGAAUAUUAAUCAGGAUCUGCCCUAUUAUAAAAUAAUAUUUGUGGGCAUAUAUGAAAAGUACUGAACUAGUCAAGGGAAUUUGUGUCCAUAAUUAUAACACAAAGACAUACAAUCUCAUUACUCCAGAUACUAAUUCAUAACACCGAUGAAGAUCUAUGUAAAUAUAACAUUUCAUUUUGGGAACAAAGCUUAACCAAACUUAUUUAAUUACCUCACUACCUAUGAGAAGUUGCUUUAGUCUUCCCAUUUCAUAGAAAACUUUAUUUCCAAUGUUCUCAACUGAUGUUUCGUUAAUGUUCUUUUAAAUUUUAUCAAUAGGAAGUCGAUGAUAAAGUCGACGCCGUACUUCGAAAUGAGGCGGUACACAAUCUGCGCUUUUUGCACAAUUCAUUUUUUAAUCUGUCUACAGAAACAUUUUGUAAAGCUGUCAAUCUCAUAGAUCGUUUUAUUGUUAAAGUCAAGGUGAGCUAAAAUUAGUUCUAUUAAUUUUACCUUUGAAUUUGUUCACUUCGAAAUGUUACGAAUCAACUAUGAUUGCAGUGCUAUGAAACUACAUUUAUACUCGCACUCAUUUGAGUAUAAAGUAAUAUUAUAUUAAUAUCAGGAAGUUUGUUUCAUCUACAGGGUCUUGUUCUCUAUCUUUAACAUAAACUACGUUAGUGUAUUUUGUUUUCCUUUACGCCCUAUAAUCUACGAAAAUUUAUAAUUAGUAGUACGUGGAAAAAAAUAGUGCGUUGAGCUUAAUAUUAGUUAAUCUGUGUUUCCGAUUCACGAUUACCAUAUCCCCAUUUCAAUCUGAUCGAUUUCUCCCAUUGUUAACUGUAGUCAUUAAUUUCGUGUAGUGAUUAAAACGAAAGCCUAAUAGACAUAUAGAUUUAUUUGUUGAUUUUUGAUUUUUGUAGCAAGCUCAGAAAAACCAGCCUUAUCAGUUAAGCGCACAACAGAUCCUCCUAGACCUUAAUUGUAUUGAUGAUAUAUUAGUUCCUAAACGGGAAUGAUAUUUAGCGUAUCUAGUGUAUUUAUCCAACUUAUAAAGCAUUUAAUAAAAUGUAUUAACUCUCUCUAGUCUUUCUGUUUUAUCAGAGUUCUAUAUAAACAUUAUUACAGUUAAUUUAUAGUACUUUGUGGUUAAACCAGAUCGUUUGCAGUUGUGUUCAAUCGUUUCAUAUUCUGGACAUUCAGCUUUAUAUUACUCUAAAAAAUAUAUGAUUAGUGUGUCGACUAAAUUAGCGAGAUUUAGUUGGAUUCUAAAACAGUUGUUUAUGUACUUAUGAUUCUUUACUUAUGUGGUCCUCUAUUCCAUAUUAUGGUACAAUACUUUGAUCAUACCGAGUAGUAAUUGGAAGAUAGUUGUGUACAUUCGUGAGUCAAAUAAUCAUUUUGGAGCGUAGUUUGUGCAGUAUCAAGCAUUUAUUAGUUAACCAUUCUUGCGAAUAAUCAACAGUGUUGUCCAAUCUAGUUCCAAGUAUAUUAUUACCAUACUGCUGUAAGCAAAGGAUGUUUUUGGUGCCUCUUCGUUAAGUAGAUAGGUAGUCACUGACCAGGGAGCUUUUAAGACAGUAUAAUCAAUGCUUUUGAAUGACAGAAUGCCCAAACUGUCCGUCGAAAAACACCCAUCUCCCGACACACCUUUGGAUGUUGCUAAUUGGCGUAGCAUCAAACUCACAGGUUGUUUCACUGGUACAAAACUUGUUACCAGUGUCUUGUUUGAGUGGAGAUAACUACCUGGAGGUACCAAAUGCGGCUAUUGCUUUCAGCUUGUUAACAAAUUUCAACCGCCAGGUUCCUUAGUUUUUACAUAGGCUUUGUAAAAUUACCGGAUAUAGGAUUCCAUGUGUAUCACUAAACUCGUAUUUUCCCGGAAUAGACCGGGGUGUCUCGAAGAGUUUGGAGAGAGCCUGUAAAAACCCAGUCUUCAUAAUUGGGACUUUUCGUAAAUUCGCAAGUCACUUGUCAUUUUCAUAUCGCCAUUCAAAUGUAGCCUAUGCUCAUCUAAAGUUUUCGGUGAGCUGGCAGGAUAGUCUUGAAAAUAACUCGGUUCGAUAUUUGGUUGCAACGGCGGCUAUGAUCGCUAAUCCGCUUAAGGCAAGAUGUUUGUAAGGCACUAGAAUUCUAGGUAAGUUUGAGGGAGCCAAACCAAGACCCGGACUUACAAAGAUACUUUAGAAGGGGUGGUAGUCUUAUCUAAAGCCACACCAGCAAUAGCUGGUUACGAUGUGAUCAUUCUGAGUUCAUACUUCAGUUUGAGAGGGAGGACGACCGGUAAUACGUCAAAGGUAACUAUCUAAUGAUGAUACUGACCAGAUGCUCUACUUCCGUGAUUAAAAUUUGGUCCUCACUAACUAACACUGUUUUCAUUUGGAUUUACUGUUAUCUGUUUGUUUUGCAAAUAAGUUUAACUCAACUAAUCGCAUGCAAUUAAAUUUAUGGGUGAUUAAACUGAAUUGCACACAGUAUGCGUCGUAAGUUAUUUCACACAUCAUAGUACCCAACGUAUACCGACAAUCUGAAAAUUUUGCUUUGUUCAGUACUCAUGUUAAAAUCGUUCAAAUGAAGCAAUUCAGAAUAAAUCUGAUAUAUAUAUACAUAACCGAAUUGAUCAUCCUUCAAGUAUAUUUUUUUUCCAGGUCAAACCUAAAUACAUGGCAUGUGUAGCUGCUGCUUCUUACUGUGCUGUAUGCAAAUUGAGUAGCUCAAAUAACAAGGUAUGUUCAUACUAUUACCAGCCUUAUUUCCAUCUAGUUUUUCAUGUUUAAAGCAUUUGAUUUCCAGCUAUCAGUUCGUAAAUUUGAACUGAACUCUGCCCACCUCAAUUCAUGCAUCCGACUAGUGAUACUAGUCGUCUCAUAAAAACUUAUGAGCACAGGUACUUGCUUGUGGUUUAGCUACUUAAUUUUAUUAAAUUAGUUGAUACAUCUUAUUUUUAUUCAGUCAUUAGGACAUAUGUACGAAUUUGGUACAUUUUAAAGACUACCUUAUAGCUUAUCAUGAAAUAAUAAUAAUGUCUUCAAAUCACCGUCAUUUCACAAGUUUGUUUAAAUUCACUUUAUGUGAUUUAGUCUGAAUAACAGAUUGAUAAAUUGUUUGGAUAAUUAAAAUAACCCAUUGUGUCAUUGAAUAAAAAUAAAGAGCAUUUCGUGAAGGAAAUUUUCUUUUCGACGAAAUCAUUUACUUAAGCUGUACGUUCCUAUUUAUAGUUAUAUGAAAAAUAUGUCUAUAAGAUGUGUUUGAUCAUCCAUUAAGCUGGAAAUGUGGUCAGUGUUUUCAUUAUCAUGCAAUUCUGCCCUAUUCUUCUUUACUGAUAAGUUUUAUGUAUAUCAUUAUAAAGUUUUCUCAUCAGUCCUAUAAAGUAAUUUCUCCUCAACAUUGAAAAUAAGCUCAUUUCUUAAACUUUUAGAAAAAUCACGCCAUUUUAUUCAAGUUUAAUUGCUACUUUAGGUUUAUGUUUUAGAAAAAAACAUUAUUACUUAAAUCAACUGACAUAAAUUAUGAAAUAUAUCAUCGUAUGUGCGUUCUGCAGGUUGAUCUAUUAUUCACCAACAAGCUGGUCAGUUUAGUAUGUCUAUCAACUAAUAUUCUACUCACUUUUUGAGUAUAUUCGAGUUUUUGUCAAUUACAACUGUCAAUUUUUCAUUUAGUUGUUUAUUUUAUUUGCUCGCUAUCUUUACAAUACCUAAUGUAACUAAAUAAAUUGUAGUUUUAUUUAUUAAACUUAAUCAGUCCACCAAUAAACACAUGAUUAACUAAACAAUUGAAAAUCUACCCCGUUUCUUUAUUUAUUGAAAGAGGAUAGCUUUGUAUUAUGACAGUAAUACAAUCGAGUUCAUUUGUUUAAAUUAGCAUGGGUUUGAUAAAGAUAAUAAAUUUCAGUUCUUUUAACUGCAAUUUUGUAUAAAACAUUGUAAAUUUAAGAAGAUUCAGGAAUUAAGACAGAACCCAUAAUCUAAUAUUAUAAUAGCGGUCGUACAUAGUGUUCCUAGUACCUUUAUAAAGAAAAUGUAGUCGGUUGCUGAGCUAAAUUGAUCAUCUCUAAAUUUAACACUAGUCUGUAACUUCGUGCAACUGGAGUUUUUUGAAUUGUUAAACAAGAUAUAUUAUUCUCAUUAAAUUCAUUCACCUAUACUCAGUUUUUUUCUCUUAUGUAAAAGGUACUUUCAAGAACUGCUUAGAUCAUUUAACUAAAAUUUCACCAUCGUAAUUUAGGUACUCAAUACUUGUGUUAGUCACACUUCGAUGUAUUUGAUAUACUCGUGUAUAUAUAGAUAUUCGAAGUUAAUGUUCGUUAUAUGAUUGAAGUAUGAUCUUUAUGCUAAAUUCAUUAACUCGUGAGUUAAAGUCAAAGUUUUCGGCUCGUAGGUACUUAAACAUUUCCGCUAAAUUCACAAGUGCACUCAUCACUAAAUAAUCCGCUAAAAUAUUUAUUAAAUUAGGAGAUAGUUUUCUCAAUACUGACAGUCUAAAAUUGGUACAACCUGACGACUUCGUGUACCUGAUGGUAACAUAGUAGGUGUUUAAAUUAUUGUUAUGAAAUGAAGUGGGUUUCAACCCAUGACGUCAGUGGUUAAGUGUAACAUGUACUAGUAAUACAAUUUCGGUAGCAUGUACGGAAUGUCUAUAUGGCAUUACUGUUUAUUCAGUUCAUUCAAAAUUUUUAACGGCUACCAUUUUCACCUGCACUUAGAAAUAAUUUAGUCAUUUGUGUUUUCGUUCCAAAAUUUUUUUCCAGAAUGUUAUAUUGCCUGAUCCAGAAACAAUGGUACAUAUCACUCGUUGUGGUGGUAACGCUGCUGAUUUGUUGCGUAUGGAGGAAAUCCUCGAUUCUAAAUUAUCUCACGAUCUUGAUGGAGUAAAUGCAUUCGAUUUCUUGCAACUUUUCAUCGACUGUGUGACUAAAUCUAAAGAUAUCAUGGAGGACGAACUGAUCAAUGCUGGUCUGAAUAUGAGUAGUUAUUUACGUGAAUCAGAUGUAGAAAAAGUGUCAGAGACAAUUAAUAUAACCUCAAGUGUACAGAAAUCAGAUGAGGUGAGAAAGAAUCUCGUAACAGCUCGUCAGAAGGAUUUCAGUUGGAAAGCUCUUGUUUAUAAACGUUUGGGAACAGUCAUGGAGAUUGCAUUGUGUUCGUUGGAAGUUUAUCGUUUCCGUCCUGUUUGUUUAGCACUUGGAAUUUUAGCUCAAGUCGGUAUUGAAGGUCUUCUACCGUUGGCAGAUCUAUGUGGGGUCAGUGAUUUGAUAUUUUCCCACUUUAUCUUUUAGAAACAUGAUUUUUCGAAGUGACAUUAAAUUGUUUACAUUGGUGCCAAUAUCACGAUUGUUUUUAAAGUAUGCCGUGUGUAGGAAUUAUAGAAAGUGUUUGAAGAGUUUUCUCAGUUUAUUAACCUUAAUUUGAUAUUUCGAGCUUUAUGUGUUUUUAUUCGAGCCGAAUUUUGCUAGCUAACGUAUACAUAUAUAUUACGUAAUCCAUUACUACCCAAAAAUGUACUGACCAAGCUUAACUGCCCGUAUACUCAACUUAGAUUAUAAAUAGGCGUCAAUUGCAAAUGUUUUGAUUCCUGAUAUUAUAACUUGAUUCAAGAUUAAUAAAAAGAGGAACUUGGUAAUGAUUGAAUGGGCCCCUGUUUUCCAAUGUUCAGCAAACGAUAAAUGCUAACUCACAAUUGGUUGUUGAUGCUAAUUUUUAUAAAUAGACAUUCUUUUCGAUGAAACUGAAUGUAUAUACUAAAAGUGUGUAAAUAGAUGCACCUGUUCGUUUUUUUCAAUGUCCCAUUAAAAUCCUAUUUUUAAAACUAGAUGUUGUAAACGGUUAUUGUAUCAUAUGUAACUCACUUUUGUAUCACGUAGUAUGUGAGGUAAUUUUUUUAUUUUUCUCUUAUAAAUAAAAUAACUAAGCGAAAAUUUACAUAGAGUUAUAUUGUACAUCAUUUACUCUUGCGUACAACUAUAUAUGAUCUUUUGCACAGCGUAAUUUAUUUCACUAAUUAUUACCAUUGACUGUAUAUGAUCGUGAAAAAGUAAUUGAAACAUGACAGACCAGUGUUAUUAGGUGUAAUCAUAGUUCGGAAAAAUUUAUGAGGUGCAGUUGUAGAGUCAUAGGUAGAGAUACCGGAUCAGUUGGUUAGGCUACUAAUUUUAAUCGACUUGAUGGGUUUAGAGUGUUUACGUUGCAUCCACAUAAAUGUGUCAUCCUAGCUAGCACAGGAUGUAAUAACAAAAAGAUUUACAGCCGACUAAAUCAAGACAUCGGAUCAGUCUAUCAUGCUAUUCUUAUUUGGUCUUAGAUGACCGUCGGCCAUUAGGUCCCAGUUUCGAACCCUGCCUCCUACUUCAGUUUAGAUAACUUACUCUUACUUUUCACAGUUUCUGAAUUUUAUUGGUAUUAUUGUCUCUAUGUGUUUUUUAUGCACUACCAUUGAGGUCAAUAUUUUGACCUCUUAGCUUUUCAUCAUGUUGAUCUCAUGUCAAGUUUGGCAACUUGGAUAUGCAUGCUAAUUAUCAUCAGCACCACCUUUUCAUACGAUUCCAUUCACUAUAUUUUUCUAGUUGAUAAUCACAUAAAAAGAAGUUGGGAUAUGCUUAAGUAUUUUGUUAUCUUAACUAAGCUAUCUUUUUAUACUGGCUUUAGAUCUGCCAUAAAUAAUAUUUAAAUCUUCAUGUAUUCAGGUAAUACUAAAAACAACAGAGUAGGGUCCAAGAGCGAAGUCGUACUGCUGACUGUACUAAAGUGUGAUGGUAGUAAGUUGUUCCCCUCAGGCAGUCAACAUCUGCAACUAUGCUACUUUAUCACAACGGAAGAAGCGGAUUAAGAAUGAUCGGCCCUAAAAAUAGCAUAUCUUACCCCAAGGAUUUCCAUUACUGACGGUAAGUCCUUCAAAACACGGAUCUAGCACAUGAAAGACGUCUCUAAAAGGCCGUGUGUGAUCAAAUUUAAGCAGUCAGUUGUUUCUUUGGCUCUGCAGUCACAUUUGCAGGUCUCUAAAACCACGAUUAAUGCAGUUUCGUUUUCAGAUACCUCAAGAAAUAUUCUACAGUAUAGAUAACCAAUGAGUGAUACUCGAAAUCACUUGUUAUUCUGAUCUUAAUCAUUUUAUAUCGAAUUGAUCAAUUUACUUAGUUAACUGCUCGUAAUUUUGUUAAUUCUUAAUGCCUUUUAGGUCGAUUGGUUUGAUGUAUGUGAAUGUGCAAAUCUUGUGGGUCAACUGUAUGAAUUAUAUUAUCGUGAUCCUCCGCCAUCUAGUCGCAGAAGAACUGGAUUAUUUGUAACUAGACGUCAGUUUCGUGUUGGUUAUUCGAGUCCUACACCAUUGGAUACAAUCUCUGAAGACUAUGAGUGAGUUACCAGGUGCCUUACUUUUAAAAUGUCAGUCAUCUACCUUAUUUUUCAAAAGGAUUUUAAUGCAGCUAUUGAGUAAACAUCCAUCCGUCCUAAAAUACAUGGGUAUAUUUUUUUAUAUUUGACCGUGUAAUAAUAUGUCAUAUUAUUGAUUUGACAAAUAGUUUUCAGAAAUCCACAUAUUUGUAAACUUUUUAUGCUACAUUCUACCAACACAUUAUGAAUUAUGAAUAUGGGAUUGGUUGAAGUUAGACGCCGGCUCAGUAGUUCAGAGGUUAAGCGCUCGAAUCCCGCAUACGGGAUCAUGUGUGAGCACUGAUGAAGAGUCCAAUACUAGAACAAAACGGCCGUUCAGUGCUUCCAUGUUUUCAAUGGUAGUUCAAGAUUGAUCGUUCCAUUAUUUCAAUAAAAACGUUAUGAAUUACCAAACUUUUCAUUCCAUAGUUUUCUACUUUCGUUUCAUUCAUUAAAGUUUGAAUAGAUAUUAGAUUUAUAAAAGUUAAGUUAUUCUAACAUAUUUUAGCCUGUAAACAAUGUUGUACUUUGAAUUACUGAGCAAUAAAAUAAAGUACUUGGUCCAUAUACAGUUACUAAUCAAUCCAAUCUGGAACUUCACACAUUUAGUAUCUAUUUUUUCUCUUAUAUAAAGCCUGUUAUUUGGAUUAAGUGUAUUUCUAUUGACUAUUCACUUAAAUAAUAGUUAAAUAAAUCUUAUAUAAUUUUGGGGCCUCUCGAAAUAAUCAACUAAUAAGCGAGUUAGCUUAGUGCUUGAAUCACUUGACUAUAAACUACCUUAGUUGAAGAUUCCACCUUUAGUUUGACCAGCCAUUAGUAUUACCAGAUUUCACAAUGAAUAUGUGUCCUUUAUAGCUUCACUUUAUAAAACUGUUGGAUGAUAUUCCCUUAUCACUCAAUUAUCAUACGAUCCAAGGGUACAGCUCUCACCUUUUCUGUUGUCCUUCAAUCUCCCUGCCAAAAAGGAAACAAUAUUAACAUUAUUCUCAUUAUUAUCCUAUUUUCAGACCGGUUGAAGAAGAUGAAUGGCUACUUCCACUUCUUUUUGAACCGUGAAGAAGUACCAUUGGUUCGCUGACAUGUCUCAAUCCAUAUUCAACAGCCGUUGUGUAUAACAAUGCACUACUACUUUCACUAUAUUAUACAUAUUUAAUGUCUUAAUUUUUGAGUGCAUCUUUAUUAUUCUUACUACUACAUUCACAAAUUCAUUCACUUAACUAUAAACAUUCAGUAUACUUCAGAAAUCAAUAUUUUCAUUUAACAGUGUAUUAAGAAAAAUCAUUCUUUUUGACAAAAAGUCCUCUUUAUCGUGAAAUGAUAUAUUUAUAUAUAAUGUUAAACCCGGUGUUAAGAAUUUAUUUGAAGUUUCUGCAUAAUGAAUAAGUGAGUAAUACUUUGAUAAAAGAAGUGUCCCUUCACUAAUUACACAAACACUAUUCAUCAUUAUUGUUAUUAUUAUUGUUAACAUCAGCAUUAUGAUCAUCCUUGAAAGAAAGAAUUUUUCGUCAUCAACUCAGGGAUUAUUUUCUCUUUUAAUAUUCAAUAUACAUAUACAAAUACAUUAUAGCUGAACUUUAUUCUGGUGUCUUCGACCAUUCUUUCAAUUAGAUAUGAUCGUGUUGUGUCUUUCUUUUAUAUACUUAUCUCAACAUUUUUCUUAAUAUUACCAUUGCUCUACAAUGGUAAUGUUUGUGCAGCUAGCUAAUCAAUUUUAUUUGUAAGAUUGUUUGUUCCUUUCGCACACAUACACAAAAGUGUACAGUACUAAUAUUAUCGUUGGGAUUUUACAGAGGAAAGAGCAUAGGAUUAUCUUUUCAUUCUUAUUUCUGGCAUUCUGUAUAAUUCUUGUAUACAACAUUAUUAAUGAGCAUAUUCAUCAUAUAAAAAAUGUACGACUUCCAAAAAAGAAUUAUGACUAAUGUUUUUUCAUCUUCGUAUACGACUGUGUAUGUGAGUGUGUACGUACAAACACAGUCCAAUUCAUCUUUCAAUACUUUCAUUAUGAGCCUUUUUUGUAUAUUCUCUGCGUCGAAUGACGUUUUUGUCCCAGUCGAUAUAUUAUAUAUUAUAUUGAUGCGCUUACGUUCGAGUGCAUCCUUGAAAAUAAAAUGCAUUUCACUUUCCGUUAUAUACUCGUUCACUCUUCAAUGUCUUUCCCUGUUCAUGUUCCUUCAUGUAUUCUGUCAGUCAGUAUUCUAUGCAAAUCUUUGAAGUGGACACAUAGUUUUUACUCAUUAAAUAUCUAUAUCACACAUGAAAAUUGAAAGUUUACUGUACAAAGUAAGAACACUAUAACAAUAUUCAAUUAGUUAGUUGUGUUUUAAAAAAUAUAUUCACGUAAAUUAUUUUGUGUAUUUGUUGCUUUCAUUACUUGUUUUUUUUCUCUUGUCGUUUACUUGAAUUAAUUUAAAAACAGGGAGCACAUUAAAGUGGUCCUUCCUCAUUCUUUCACUAUAUGCUCAUCCUCAUGUGUUGUUGCAUUGUUUUUUCUCCUACCGUACACAGUUUACUUUCUGUGUAUGUUAGGAAGGUUUUCUCUUGAUUUUCUCUUCUUUUCUAGUUGUUUUCCUCACUAAUUAUUUGUUUUGUUGAAUCCAUUUUGCUUUAGUGUUUCGUUCGUCAGUAAUGUUGUGACCUUUAAAAAACAGUUUAUUUGCUUUAUCAAUUUCGAUGUUUUUAAAAGACUGAUUAGAAAUUUCUAAAUUCGUCUUUUGUAAGCGAAUUAGCAAACUGAAUUAAAGAUUUUCAAAGUAAGCUGUUAUAUUUAUGGUGGUUGGAAUCGACACUAGUUACUUCUUUAAUAACUUAUUUUCUAAGACAGAGUUAGAGUGACGAGGAUAAAUCAAAGCAACAAAGCUUUAUGAUAAAAAAAGGUGAUUUAGUUCAAUUCUAGAAAACACUACAUUAAAGUUUACGAGUAGACAAGAGAGUAUAAAAAACUUGAAAGUGGGUGUUCAAUUAGUUUCCUUAAAAAACUUGUAAAGCUUUACGAAAGAGAUAAAUUUAUCUGUGCCAUCGCAGGCAUCUUAUCGUGGAUUUUUUCAACUUAGAGACCACAGUCAGGUAACUUGUUCUGUUCAGAUAAACAAGUUGGCGUUACAGUUUUUCUAAUAUUCGUUUGUUUGGUCUUGAUUCAAGUACCUUUCCCAUAAAAAUGGUCUGUGCAACAAGUCCAAGCGGCUACCAUUGAUAUAGGUCCGAUUACUCACUCUUUUCGAGUCAGACAACAAUAACGCUUAUUAUGAGCUUUCUUUCCAUAGUACUGUUUAGACAUUUGCGAUAGAACUGAGGUCACCUACUUUACUGAUAAAGCACGGACGACCAAUAUAUUUGGAGGACAUGAUUUUUCAAUCGAAUGUCAUGACCUGGACAUAACUGACAUGUUUUGACACCCUAGUCUAGAUCUCUUUAACAUUGCAAUGAAGUAUUUCAGUAGAUACUAUAUCGGUUCUCUGUGAAUGCACUAGUAUUUUGUCAACCGUCAGCUCUUCGAGUUCCAUACAAACCUUGGUGUGCUAAUUCAAACGUGUAUCCGAGGCUUGUGCGUUAAUUCAUCACUGUGAUGUCACCACUAUCAUGCUAACCUGGUUUAAUUGGUCUGAUCUGAUUAAGAGUUUUGCUACCAACUACGAUGGUUUCACUUUCCUUAAUUAUGUAAAUAAAGGGCAAAGCCCCAUUAGAAGGACAACGGAGGUAUUCCACGGAUCACUUGAACUGAUUUGGUUAAAUCUAUCAUAUGGUCGCUGUUUAUCAGGUGCAUCAAUAUGGAGCUUCAUGUUGUCUUCGUCUGGUUGCAAUUUAACGAGUGUAUCAAACAAUGUUCUGUAUAAUAAAUUAGAUUGAUUAAAGGAAAAUUGUGCUCAACCAAUCUUAUUUGCGUUUUUUCUAGUUGGAAAGUGGUGUAAACUCAAAAAGAGGAUAAGUUAUCUGAGUUUAUCCCUUCAAUGUUUAACUACAAACUCAGCUUCUGUGAAAAUGGGCAACUUAACCAACGAACAUCCCUCUGCGUGGUUUGGAAAGGAUCAAACGGAAAUUGUAUAUAGUUCAGUUCUGGCACAUUCGGUUUAUAGCAGUCAUUUGAUAGAAAAAGCCGAAUCAUUUCAGGGGGUCUGUUGUAUGCCUGUAUCUUUCCUCAGCAAUAUUCGAUCACCUCUUGUAUGUAUAUCAGGAGCUAUAAGAAUUCGAACCUACAUGUUUGAAUAAUUGUUUCUGUUAGUCAUUCAAUUUAUUAUUCUAGAUGAUAUUUGUGUCAAAUAAUUGUAAAAGUAAAUCUGUCAUGAACUGUUAUCAAAUUUCAACCUAUUAAACAUUCACUUUAUACUAGAUUAACAUUCAUCAGAAUUCUUUGUUUUUGUUCAUCUUCUAUCCCUCUAGCAAUGAAAUUUCUGCUCCAUAUAUCAAUUUAGUCGAAUUUACGCAAUAUUUAUUUUCAAUAGUUAAAUAUGUAGACACAUCAAAUUGAUGGGAUAAACUUCAUGGUUAAUGUUUACUUUAACUUAGCAAAAUACAGAGUAUAAGCUCACCCGUGGUAAAUGACGUAACUAUGUGACAAACACUGGAAAAAAAUUAAUAGAAUAAAACCAAAAUGUUAUGUAUACCAAAUGGACAGCAAUUAGACCUAGUUACCAUGACAGAAUUAGGCCUUUUCUUAUUUUUUUCAAAACAAAAAAGGUCAUACGUAAAUGUUUUUUAAUGACAUUCGAUAUAGAUAUAACUUAAUAGCAAUAAGUUUAUAAUUAUCAAAUGAUUGACGUACCACGUAAAUUAUUGAUCCAAGACAAGUUGAUAUACUUAUAGAUAAUCUGAAAAAUAUUAAUCUUACAAAGACAUGGCUAUUAACACCAUGUUAUAACACAACUGUCAUGUCGUUGACAUAUCACUGGAGUUUUUCGUUUGAUGAGUUGUAGAUAAUAUAGAAUGGGUUCCAAUUACUGACCCUAUAAAUCCAUGUAAACUAGCUUUUAUGAACUGAAUGAUCCGACUUUGAAUACAGAACACCUACAAGAGGUGUGAUAUUUAAAAGCAAUAAGAUAUCUCAGAAUCUAAAAUCUGGUCUAGGUAAAUCCUACUCCAUCUCAAUGGCUUUAUUCGACUUAAUUCUUCUGCAAAUUCGACAGAAAUGUAUUAGUACAAUGGGAUAUCAUUAACAAGGAUAGCAGAUAGAACAAGUUUAAUGUAUCAAA